CGGGUGAAUCACAGAUCAGAAACGACCAAGGGUUUAAAGGGAGAAGCGGCAGCAGAAGCUGGGGCCAGUCUGUCUCAGGCGGGCGAGCAGACGGGAGCCAGGCGGGGCGAGUGACAGCCCCACACAACGGGCCCGAUCCGGCCGGGGGCAUCUGCAGUUACUUUGAACCUCCAGAAGCGGAGCCGCCCCUGGAUCCAUGACUAGGCCGGGGGGGCCCCCACGGACCGACCCCCCCCCCGUCCGGCUCUGACUGGGGAGGUCUUCAAAUGAUGGCAGUUCCUAUUCUAAACACAGCUGCAGCCUGAGAGAGAGCUGAGCAGAGCCCAGUGUUCAUAGACCAUGCAUCUCACUCAGAGAAGAGAGCCUGAGAAUUCUGCUGAGGACCUUCUUAAUAACAAUAGGGAUCGAGAGAGGGCAGGAAAUCCAGGUGGCCAGCGUUGGACCAAGCCCUGGAAACGUUGUACACGUAAAUUCCUAUGUAUCCUCUUGACCAUUGCUGGCAUCGGCAUCGUGGCUUUGUCAGGGGUAGUACUGAAACUUGGUUUUGAUCCUCCACGCUCCCCUGCUGUCCCUUGGUGCCCUGACGGCUGGGUCGGGUACCUGGGGAAAUGUUACUAUUUCUCAGAGGCCGAAGGAAACUGGACCUUCAGCCAGAGCAACUGCUCCUCCUUCGGCGCCUCCCUGGCUACGAUCGACACCCUGCCUGAAAAGGCUUUCAUGCUGCGCUAUAAAGGCCUUUCCGAGCACUGGAUCGGCCUGCGGAGGGAAGAGGGCGAGCCAUGGAAAUGGGUGAAUGGUGCAGAAUUCAACAACCUGUUUGAAAUCCGAGCCCACGGCAACUGUGCCUAUCUGAACGACAAGGCUGUCGGCUCCUCGUGGUGCCACACGCUGCGCAACUGGAUCUGCGCCCAACGUGAUGCGCACACGAAGGGCUAGGGAAAAGCCGACGGGCCGCGGCGCGCGGUGCCUGAUGUGCGUGGGACUGGUCAGGCCAGGCUUGUCGGACUUGCGAUCUGCUUUUGCUGCUGCGCUAUCCGCAUAUAUUGCAACGGAAGGAGCCCAGUCAUUGCCGCGGUCAUCUGCGCUGCUGUAACGU